AAUUUAGAUUUGCCUCGGCAUCCUCUCAAUUAGCUACAGCAAGCUAAGCAAACCUGACUUGCAUACCAAGAGGAUUAUAGACAAUAUUUCUGUAACAAUUUAAAGUUUUCAAGAAUGGUCAUGUGUACUUAUAUUGUGAUUGUUCCCCAACCCACUGCAGAGGGAGUGAACAGAGGCUGGGAGCGAGGGGCUUGCUAACACUACUUAGCAAAAUCACCAGAGAGAGAUCUUAGUGAACUGGAACACUGCUGCAAGAAGUCCGACAGUGAGUCCUUGGUAGAAAAUCAAAAGCAGGACAUUUCCCUGGCCUUGAAAAGUGGACUUUGACCCAUGGGAAAAAAUGGCUACUGAACAGGAAAUGCAGCCAUUGUUGGGUUUCAAGUUUCAGACUGCAUUCGAACAAAAUAGGAUAAAAAUGGAUGAGCGAUAUCAACCUGGAACUAUGUAUGGCGAGGAACCUGGAGAAGAACAUGUCCCUCAUGGCAGCUAUGCUGGAAAUAUCAGGGAAUGCCUCUCCAGAUGGCCAGAGCAGCAGGUCAAGUCGGAGCCGGGGGAGAGGCUGCUCCGGCAGUGGGAAGACCAGUGGCAGGGCUUCCUGAAGACCGUGGAGUCUCCCUCUUCGUCCGAGUGGGAGAGGCCAGGGCUGCCGGACGCGUCGGCCCCGUGGGGCGAUGCCCAGGCCUUCCUGGCCUCCUUCGAGCAAGUGGCCGAGGCCUGCUUGUGGCCCAAGGAGGAGUGGGCGGCCCGACUCCGGCCAGCCCUCCGAGGAGAAGCGGGCCAGGCCUUCGUCCGGCUGGAGGCCAGGGACCGAGAGGACUACGGCAAGGUGAAGGCGGCCCUCCUGCGCAGGGAGGCUCUGCGGAGAGAGAAGACCCGGCAGCACUUCCGGAGCUUCGGCUACCGGGAGGCCGAAGGGCCGCGAGCGGUUCACGGCCGGCUACGGGAGCUUUGCCGCGGGUGGUUGAAGGUGGAGAAGCACACGAAGGAGCAGAUCCUGGAAGAGCUGGUCCUGGAGCAGUUCCUGGCCGUCCUUCCGCCGGAGGUCCAGACCUGGGUCAGGGGACACGGGCCCGAGACCGGCGCCCAGGCGGUGGCCCUGGCCGAGGACUUCCUGGGGAGGCCUUGCAAGUCGGAGAGGCUGGAGCAGCACGUCCCAGCGGAAGGGCUCCGUUUCUCUGGGGCCGAACAAGCUCUCUUGAAUAAUCAGAAUUGGGUUGCCACUUGUUGGGGCGAAGACCCGGUGGGCGGAAACGAAAGGCGCCAGCCAGGAAGCCCUUAUGAAGAUGGAGCAAAUCACGUACAGUCAGCCUUCAGCCUUGCUGAACCUCGGGAAGAGCGGCCUUCCCUGGGAUCGUUGGGCGAGUCAACAUACCAGAUGUUGCCCCAUGAGGCUGCAGAGGAGAUGGAGGUCAUCUCUGGCCUCCGUCUGGAGCGGCCAUUGGUGCUCGGACUCUCAUCUGCCCUUCGAGACCCCACAUUGGUUGAAGAGGCAUGGGAACAGGGAGAAAAGAGGAGCCGGAUGCCCGGGGAGGAGCCACCGCCUCCUUCUGGCAUACGACCGUGGCAUAACUCCGCUCCCCUGGAGUCCUCAAGGCUGAGAUUUCCAGCACCUCAUGCGGAGGCAGGGAGUCCCCCUGCCCCUUCCUACGCAGCCCUUGCCGAACCGCCCAAUCUGGACAUGCAAAUGGGGGGAGGCACCCGGGGCCCCAAGAGAUCCUCGGAAAUCUGGCGGCACUUCCAGACCUACGAAGAGGACCGCCGUUUUGCCGUCUGCAAGCUGUGCAAGGCCCGGGUGAGCCGGGGGAGGGAUCUGCGCCACCUCACCAAUUCGGGCAUGAUUUGGCACUACAAGCACACCCACGCCGCCGGGGGGCUGGCGGAGCAGGUGAAGCCGAGCGUCCCCUCGGUGUCGCAAGGGGGCCGCCGGCUGCCACUUUUGUUGGACAGAAAGCCCAUCAGAGGCAUGCUCGCUACGAAGCGGCCCCCGCCGCCCGUUUGCCCCGUGGAUCCCCCAGGGCAGACCCGGACCAUCUUGGGGUUGUUCUACGGCUCCGUGCAGAGGGCUAGGGGUGGCCAGGCCGAGCAGAGGCAGCCCUCCCAGAGGUGACUGCCAUCUGCUGAGACUACGGGAAGCGCUUUUGCCUGAACUCUGGAUUCCGUGCACAAACGAGCCCUUCCUGCCGGAGCUGUGCCCUUUUGGCAUGUCAACUGGGAGGGAGGAGGGGAAAUUGGGAUGCAACUAGAAUUCCAGAGACCUCAUAUGGUCCCUGCAGAAAAAAAGGCAGACUAAGCUGGACUGUUGGUGAUCUGUAGGUUCCUGAAAAGACGGACAUGGAGCCACUUGACCUGUCCUGAUAUUAGAGAGGAAGAGGAAGGCUCCGGGGUGGCCCAAACGGACAGUGGAGAAUUUUAAAAAAAAUUCAUAAAAGGAGGGUAGAAGUUCCUGGAAGUUGGAGGCUCCAGGAAUGCAGGAUGGCACAUAAUACUCCCUAUGAACUGGAUCGGCCUCUGCGGAUUCACUUAUCUGCAACCUGAAAAUAUUAAAUAAAAAACCCACAAAAAUAAAUACAGUGGUGCCUCGCUUAACAAUUUUAAUUGGU